UUUGGGAUGGACCUCAAGUGGGGAUAUUUGCAUUAUUUUACUGGGAUAACAUUUCAUUUUAAAUUACUUUGUUAACAUCGUCACAUUGUAAAAUUAGAUCCUGUAUGGAAAAGGAGUUACGGUUGUUAACUUUAGGCAUAUCAGUUAAAGAUGACUUGAACUUGUUAAAGAUGUGAACUAAUAAAGAUGGCUUCCCGAGACACUGACACAAAAACCCUGCUUGAAAAAGCAGAAAAAGACACAGAUGAUUCCAUGGCAACAGAAAAGGUCAAGGACACAAACCAUGACUCAAAUGAGAAAGACUUGGCUAAUGACAAUGAUGAUGUAGAAAUUAAAGAUGUAAAAUUGACAAUGAAGGACCAUGACACUGAAGCUGUUACCAUGGCAACAAAGGAAGAAUCAGCUGAUGAGAAGACAGGUUUGAUUGAUAGUGAUAGCAGUAGUAGUGAUUCUGAUGAUGAAGGCAGUAAGAGAGAUGUUGCCAUGGCAACAGAAAGCAAUUUGGAUUACAGGAUAGACAAUUUGACAAAAAGUGUGUUGCGGCUUGAAGCAGGUGGAGAUUUAUUACCAGACAGUUCUGUUCACCGGAAGGAAUUCAAACGGUACAGAAAGUCCAUGAAAGGCGCAAUACCAGUUAGAUUUGAGAAAACUGCAAAAGAUGAGUUCCCGAUGGAAAGAGCUGGAUGUUUAUCUUUGAUGACCUUCAGUUGGCAGACGUCUAUGAUGUGGAAAAUUUAUCGUAAAGGAGUUGAUACAAUUAAAGAUAUGGUUAUUGGAGAUGAUGACAAAGCUAAUCCUAAUACAGAAAGGCUGGAACGACUGUGGAAGGAGGAAGUUGCCAAAAGAGGUCCAAAGAAAGCCUCAUUUUUCAGGGCUGUGUUCCGAUUUGCAGCAACCCGAGAAAUACUGACAAUCAUAUCCUUGCUUAUAUCUUUUGCGUUCUCAUUUUCAACACCCGCCUUUGUUCUCCACCGGUUGUUGUCCUACCUAAAUUCUGGUGAUGUGGAUCUCUGGGUCGGUAUCGCACUGGUUGUAGCUAUCAGUUGUACAGAGUUAGGCAGAUCACUCUUCUUUGGCCUGUCAUGGCAGAUAAACUAUAAAGCAGGUAUACGGGCGAAAGCUGGUGCUCAAGGCCUGUUAUUCAGAAAGAUUUUAAAGUUGAGGAGUCUCGAAGAUAAAACUGUUGGAGAGAUUGUGAAUCUGUUGGCCAAUGACAGCCAAAGGAUUUUUGAUGCUGUAGUGAUUGGUCUUCUUCUGUUGCCAUGUCCUGUUAUUCUGUUGAUGGGUCUCAUUUACAUGUUGGUUCUCAUUGGUCCAUGGUCUCUGGUUGCCAUAGGAACAUUUGGAGCAAUGUAUCCAGUUAUGUACUUGGUAUCAAAGUUGACCACCUAUUACAGACAGAGGUGUAUAGUCAUCACAGAUAAAAGGGUACGGAUGAUGAAUGAGUUGCUGACAUGUAUCAAGCUGAUCAAAAUGUAUGCCUGGGAAAAAUCCUUCGCUAAAACAAUAUCAGGAAUACGUGCAGAAGAGAGGGCAAUUUUAGAGAAAGGAGCCUAUGUUCAAAGCAUCAGUACAGCUGCAGCUCCUUUAGUACCGGUAAUGGCAGCAGUGUUCACGUUCCUCGGAUACAUUUUAACAGGAAAUGAACUUACUGCAGUUGAGGCAUUUACUAUCAUAGCCGUGCUGAAUUCUAUGAGAUUUACUGUUGGGGUUGUGCCAUUUGCUGUGAAAGCCCUGGCAGAUGCCGCAGUCUCCUUCAAGAGAUACAAGAGUAUAUUGUUAAUGGAUGAGAUAAAACCACACCCAUGGCAGGUAUUCAAUGAAAAAUAUGCUCUGGUUCUUAACCAUACAACCUUCAGAUGGGAGAAAGAAUCCUUGGCAGAUAAGAAGGAGAAAGAGAAAAACAAAGAUAAAGGAAAAGGAUCAAAGACAAAAGCGAGCAAUGGUUUGAUAGGACAUGAAGAACUGCAGACAUUGAAGGACUCAGAUCAUACCAAUGGCGAUGUAGCCUUUGUGGACACACCAACACUGCAGGAUUUAACUUUUGUAGCAGAGAAGGGCAAACUGAUAGGUAUCUGUGGAAGUGUAGGAAGUGGGAAAUCAUCGUUACUGUCUGCUGUUCUGGGCAGGAUGCUGCAUAUAUCUGGGAAAGUUGCUGUACAAGGUUCACUUGCCUAUGUUACCCAGCAAGCUUGGGUGAUGAACACUACAGUAAGAGAAAACAUCCUGUUUGGAGAACCAUAUGAUCCAGACAGGUAUGCAGCAGUGGUAGAAUCCUGUGCCUUACUGCAAGAUUUCUCAGAUUUUGUUGAUGGUGAUCAAAUAGAGAUAGGAGAGAGAGGAAUCAAUCUUAGUGGAGGACAGAAACAAAGGAUCAGCUUGGCACGUGCAGUCUACAGUAACAAAGAUAUUUACUUAUUGGACGACCCUCUCUCAGCUGUAGAUAUACAUAUAGGCAGUCACAUCUUCUCAGAAUGUAUCUUGAAACAACUGAAAGGGAAAACAGUGUUGUUUGUUACGCAUCAACUUCAGUAUUUGAGUAACUGUGACCAGGUGAUAUUUAUGCGAGAUGGUAUGAUUACAGACACUGGUACACACAGCGAGUUGAUGAAAGAUGACACAGAGUAUUCCAGUCUUAUAAAGAUGUUCUACACACAGGAGAAAGAAAAGGAAGUCAGUUUAGACAGUUUAGGAGGAGGAUCAAAAUCUCUGCACAAACAGUUUUCCGUUGAUCGCCCAGCUUAUUUCAGACAAAGGACUAUCUCGUCCUGCUCCCAGGGUUCUCAGGAGGCAAAGAAAGACCUGCUACGUCAGAAGAGUGUUAUGUCAAAUAAAACAGUGAAUGCAGAUGAAGAACAGAAACCAAAAGGUGGCAAGUUGAUUGUUGCUGAGGAGAAGAAAGAAGGAAAAGUUGGUUGGCCGGUGUACAGGACAUAUAUAAAGGCUGCUGGUGGUUAUAUUGCAUCAGCAUUUGUCAUACUAACAUUUAUCUUGGCAAUUGGGUCACAGUCGUUUGCCAGCUGGUGGUUGUCCUACUGGUUAAAUCAAGGAAGUGGGAACACUACAGUUACAGUAGGAAAUGAAACAUUUAUCAGUGAUAAUAUCUCGGAUCAUCCAAACCUCAGGUUUUACACAACAGUGUAUGGUUCAAGUGUUGUUGUUAUGAUUGUAUUGACAGUGCUGAGAGCUUUUGUUUUCAUGAAGGCAACACUGCGAGCUUCAAGUACUAUGCACAAUGAUAUCUUCAGGAAAAUGAUGGCCUCACCGAUGCAGUUUUUUGAUACAACACCGGUUGGAAGAAUCGUCAACAGAUUCUCCUCAGAUCUUGAUGAAAUUGAUGUACGUUUACCCAGCCUCAGUGAGAUGUUUCUACAGAAUACGUUGAUGAUCUUGUUUGCUCUCGGAAUGAUAGCAUAUGUGUCACCAUGGUUUCUGAUUGCACUUGUGCCCAUGGUUUUAUGUUUCCUGGCUUUAAAUAUCAUUUUUACUUCGGGGGUACGGGAAUUAAUGCGUAUGAAUGCGAUAACAAAGUCCCCACUGAUAAGCCACGUCACUGCAACAGUUCAGGGUAUAAGCACCGUUCAUGCUUACGGGAAAAGUGAUCAGUUCAUUGAAAAAUUUAAUAAGCUGUUAGACAAAAAUUCUUUAUAUUUCUACUUGUUUGUGUGUUCCAAUCGUUGGCUCUCAUUUCGUCUGGACCUAAUGAGCAGUCUGGUUGUGGGUAUCACAGGUCUAUGUAUAGUUCUCACAUACGACAGUCUUAAUCCAGCUCUCGCAGGAUUGGCAUAUACAUUUGCUAUUCAGAUGACGGGGCUUUUCCAGUUUACAAUUCAGUUGGCUAUAGAAAGUGAAUCAAAAUUUGUGGCAGUUCAAAGACUUCAGCAUUACUCAGAGGAUGUAGAAACUGAGGCACCAGCAAUAAUCAAAGACAAGAGACCCCCAGCUGACUGGCCAAAAUCAGGGGAGAUAAAAUUUGAAAAAUACAAGAUGAAAUACAGAGAUAAUCUCCCUUUGGCAUUGAAAGAAGUUGGUUUUACAGUCAGGCCAAAAGAGAAAAUAGGAAUUGUGGGCAGAUCAGGGUCUGGGAAGUCAUCUUUAGGUGUAGCUUUAUUCCGAUUGGUUGAACCAGCCUCGGGGACUAUAUAUAUUGACAGUGUAGAUAUAACAAAGAUAGGGCUAGAGGAUUUGAGGUCUAGAUUGGCCAUCAUUCCACAAGAUCCAGUGCUCUUUGUGGGAACAGUAAGGUAUAAUUUAGAUCCAUUUUCAAGACACAAAGACAGUGAACUUUGGGAAGCAUUAGAAAAAUGUCAUGUUAAAGAAACUAUUUCAUCUUUAGAGUUAAAAUUAGACCAUAUGGUUGUGGAGAAUGGUGAGAAUUUUUCUGUAGGAGAAAGGCAGCUGCUUUGUAUGGCUAGAGCUCUUCUAAGGAAUAGUAAGAUUUUGAUGCUUGAUGAAGCGACUGCUGCCAUUGAUACAGAGACAGAUUCUCUUGUACAAAAAACAAUCAAGGAAGCUUUUGCUGAUUGUACCAUGUUAAUUAUAGCACAUAGACUUAAUACAGUACUGGGAUGUGAUAGAAUUCUUGUUAUGGAAGAGGGAAAAGUUGUUGAGUAUGGGAGACCAAAGGACUUAAUGGCUAGUGAUAAAUCUAAGUUUAAAGCUAUGCUAGAAGCUGCAGAAAAACAGCAGGAACAGAUAUAAUGUUAUACCGGUGUAAAAUAUGCAACUAUAGGGCAUUGUAUAGGAUUCUGUGUGAAACAGACAAGUUUCUCAUGAGGCAGGUGUUUGUCUUGAUCCAACAGGAUGCAGGACUUAGCUUCUAGUUGAAACAGAAGUAGUGUUUGUGGUUUUGUGACUACGGGUCACACGUUUAGAUCUUGCGGAGGACUGAGCAUGGGAUAUGUUGAAUUUUGACAAGAGUUGUGAAAUGUAGAUUAAGAUUUUCUACAGACCAGUUACAGGUGGGAUUUUCAAAUGUUUUUUUUGUUACUGAUGGGGUAAAUUUUCACUGUGUGUGGAAAGGAGAUUUUUUAUUAACUUUGUAGGGAAUGUUCCCAUGACAGAAACCAAAAAAAAAUGUUUGUGUGUUGUAUAAUUUUAUGUGGGUUAUUUUAAGAGAGUCCAUCCAUUAUUAUAAUAUAAUAAGCACGAAAAGCCCAACGGUAGCUGUGCUAUUUAUAGCCAUAUGUUUCUUUAUAAAGUCUUGUGGAUGCCCGAUCAUGAUUCUGAAUCUACAAAAAAACUUUAGCAGUAGAAUCUCAAUUCACAGGUAUAAUGUAUAGCUUUAAUUGUCAUACAUUGAAAAUGCUGUGUUUUUCUAUUACUGUGUUCUGAAUUCCAUAAAACAACUAAACACCUUCACUCUUAACCCUUACCCUGCUGUAUUUCUAUAAUGGACUGGUCCAUCUUUCAAUUUGGACCAUACCAUUUAUUAUUCAAAGGGGUUUGUAAAAUUUACUGACUGAAUAGCGAACAGUGCAGACCAUGAUCAGACUGCACGGAUGCAAAGGCAGAAUCAUCUGCCGCCAGCAGGCUAAGGGUUAAAAUCAGUUCAUAACAGUAUGUUCUGUGAACUAACUUUACAAUAGUAAAGGUUUUCUUGCCAUUCAUGGAAAGUACUACUUACUGAAUAGUAAAGUAAUGAAUGAUUUUAGUAAUUUAUAGUACGUUCCAUAAGUUGAUUGAAUAUUCCUAAAUCUGCAUAUCUGCAAAUAAAUGUGCAAUAGCA